UGCUUCCGGCUGGCUCGUCGUGCCGCACGCGUGCGGUUCCCGGUCCCGCUCCCCCAUCCCGGGCUCCCCUUGGCAGCGGCCCGGGGCCCGGCGGCAGCCAGAGAGGGGCUGCUGGGGCCAGAGCGACAGCGGCCGGGGGAGAAGUGCAAGUAUGGCAUCCCUGGAAGAAAACUUUCCUCGAGGGGGCAUCCAGAAAAAACCCACAGAGGGAAAAACACCCAACCCAAAGUUAGAGCAGGACAACUUGUUUGAUGUUCACCAUGAAGAACAAUCCCAGAAAAGAAAAAGGAGCCAGACUGUUCAAGGAAAGCAGAAAAAGUUCAAGGCAGACAACACAGCCACUGCUAAAGACAGUGUUGUGAAUAUUGAACCACUCACAAUUGAGGCGCUCUGUGAGGGGAUGCUGCUCCUUGGUUGUAUAAAAGAGGUCAGUGACUACGAGCUAGUCAUCAGUUUGCCCAAUGGACUUUCAGGAUUUGUGCCGGUCACACAGAUCAGUGAUGCCUACAGCAAACUGCUGAGCAAGGAGGUGGCCCAAGGAGAACUCCUGGAGGACUUGAAUUCGCUCUCAGACAUGUAUUCUCCAGGGAUGCUGGUCAGGUGCAUUGUGACCAGCGUUGAGAAAAGUGCUGAUGGACGUCGGAGCAUCAAAUUAUCAAUUGACCCCAAGAAGGUCAAUAAGGGUCUGAAUGCUUCAGCACUAGCAUCGGGCAUGCUGCUCUCUGGCUUUGUGUCUAGUGUGGAGGACCAUGGCUACCUCAUUGAUAUUGGAGUCAGUGGGACUCAUGCUUUCCUGCCUCGUCAGAAAGCCCAAAAUUACAUCAAAGCAGUCAAGAGAGGGCCUGACUUGAAAAUAGGCCAGAACCUGAACUGUAUCAUUGUGGAAGUAAAGAACGAGGGAAGAGUGGUCCGUUUGUCUGUUGAUCGAUCAGAGGUUGCUGCAUCCCUUGCAACAGAGCGACAGAACUGGACGCUCUCCAAUUUAUUGCCAGGGCUGGUGGUGAAAGCUCGAGUGCAGAAGGUGGUCCCACUUGGGAUGAAACUGAGCUUUCUGUCUUCCUUCACUGGCAUUGUAGAUUUCAUGCACAUGGACCCAGAGAAAUCCAUGAACUAUUCUCCAGAUCAAGUGAUGAAAGCAUGCAUCCUCUCUAUCCACCCCACCUCCAAGGUGGUGCGGCUUACUCUACGGCAGGCCUUCCUCCACCCUGGGGGAUCGCCAAAUCAGCUCUCCAAUGAUCGCAUGGGGGCAGUGGUGGAGGAGUCGACAGUGAAAGCUUUCUACAAGCAGUUUGGUGCUGUCUUUGAGCUUGAUGAUGGCACUCUUGCGUUUGCACGGUUGAAACAUCUUUCAAAAACCAGAAAAUCCUUUAAACCUGGGGCAUUUAAGACAGGAUGCAAACAUAAAUGUCGGAUCAUUGAAUACAGCCUGAUGGAUGAGAUGUGUAUUGUAUCUCUGAAAUAUCAGAUUAUUGAAGCACGGUUUCUGCAAUACCAAGAUAUCCACACAGGGGAUGUGGUGCAGGGCAAAGUGUUUGCUCUGAAACCCAUUGGGAUGCAGGUGAAAGUGACUGAUGGGAUUAAAGGGCUCGUGCCGUCCAUGCAUCUCGCUGAUGUGAUCCUGAAGCAGCCUGAGAAGAAGUACAACAUAGGAGAUGAAGUCAGGUGUCGGGUGCUAGAGUGCAAUCCUGCAGGAAGGAAGCUGAUCCUUACUCUGAAGAAAAGUCUUAUCCAGUCAAAGCUUCCAGUCCUCUCCAAUUAUGAAGAUGCAAAAGCAGGUCUGAUCACACAUGGCUUUGUGGUGUGUGCAAGGGAGUUUGGCUGCAUUGUGAAGUUCUACAAUGAUGUUAAAGGUCUGGUACCCAAGAAUGAGCUGAGCUCAGAACCCAUAUCUUCUCCAGAUAAAGUCUUCCAUGAAGGCCAGGUUGUUAAAGUAAUGGUCUUAAAAUGUGAGCCCCAGCAGCAAAGACUCUUGUUGUCCUUCAGGUUAUCAAGCAGGCCUGCCCCGGAGGACAAAAAGGAAUGUACUCCAAAGAAGAAACAGGAAGUGAAAUAUCAAAUAGGAGAGAUGGUUGAUGUGAAAGUCUUGAAGAAGAAAGAUAGUGGGCUAGAGGUUUCUAUCUUAGAAGAUGAAGGCAAUGUGAUAGCUUCAAUUCCCACAGUGCACCUCUCUGACUUUGUUGCUACCUGCAAGCUCCUGUGGCAUUGUCUUCAAGAGGGAGAUGUCCUGCCCAGAGUUAUGUGCCUCAGUGACAAGGGAGACCAUAUCAUCUUGAGCAGAAAGUCUGCAGUGAUUUCUGCUGUACAAGAGGAGCAAAUUGUGAGAAGUUUCUCUGAAAUCCAGCCUGGGAUGCUGUUGACUGGUUAUGUGAGGAACGUGAUGCCCUUUGGAGUGUUUGUGGAGUUCCCUUUUGGUGUGACAGGACUGGCGCCCAAAGUGAGCAUGAGUGACAAGUUUGUGACCGACACCAAGGACCACUUUGUGGUGGGACAGACUGUGAUUGCGAAGGUGAUGAGCAUUGAUGAGGAGAAGCAGCGUGUGCUCCUCAAUCUGAAGGUGUCAGAGUGCAGCUCAGGUGAUUCUGCUGCAGAGAGCUUUGCCCUGCUGAACCAAUAUUUCAAGGAGAUGAAAGAAAUCAGGAACUUGUUGAGAAGAAGAGGGGAGCCCAGCAUGGCCCAAGGCCUUUGUGAGUUGGUGCCUGGGAAGGAACUGCAGCUGGUCGUGCAGGAUGUGAAGGAGGAUGGCUCAGCACUGUUCAGCGGCAGCUGUGUCACAGGCUUGACUGUAACAGCCACUCGCUACCAUUUGGGAGACAAAAAUAUUGUUCCUGGUGAGAAAACCAAGGCAUUGGUUCUCCAUGUGGAUGCCCUCACAUCCAAGGUGUAUGUUUCUCUUCGGGAAGAACUGUUAAAACAAAGAGCCAAGCAACGGCUCACAGAGAACUCCCAGCACUCCACCAUUGUGCAGCACAUAGCAGAAGACUUUGCCAUUGUGUCUUUGUUGGAGACAGGCCAGCUGGCAGCUAUCCCCAUAGCGUCUCACUUCAAUGACACCUUCCGCUUUGACUCAGAAAAACUGAAGGUGGGACAAACAAUCUUUGCAACCUUAAAAGUAGUGAAGGUGAAUGACCACGGAGUCUUGUUAGCAGUACAAGACCCAGCAAAGAAGAAGGUUUUUGUAAGGGUCCGGAACGAAUCUGAGACAGCAUUAGAAGAGAUGCUUCCUGCUGUGAAACACUCACUUUCCCUGGGGGACACUGUUACUGGUACUGUUAAAUCCGUCAAACCAACCCAUGUCACAGUUGCUAUUGAUGACAAGCUGACAGGUUCAAUCCAUGCAUCCCGGAUUCUGGAUGAAGUGCCCAUAGGCUCUUUUCCAACGUAUACUCUGAAAGCUGGACAGAAGGUGACUGCUCGAGUCAUUGGAGGCAGAGAUGUGAAUACUCACAGGUACCUGCCCAUCACCCAUCCACACUUCACACAGUCCAUUCCAGAGCUCAGCAUUCGACCAAGUGAAAUAGAAGGGAAGGUCACAGCAAUGCUGAACCUUAAAGAAGACAGUGCCCUCAAGAAACUUGGACUCUACAAUGUUGGACAGACAGUCACCUGUUUUGUGAAAAAGUAUAACAUCCUCAAAAAUUGGCUGGAGGUAGAAGUCGCCCCUGACAUUCGAGGAAGAGUUCCUCAUCUGCUGCUGUCUCUGAACACCAAGGUCUUAAAACAUCCGGAAAAGAGUUUCAAAAAUGGCCAGGCAGUAUCAGCUACAGUGACUGGAACAGAUGUCACAGAAACAAACCUCUGCUUGUCACUCACAGGAAUUCAGUCACUGGAGCAGGGCACCAUCACUGUAGGCAUGGUAACAAAGGUGACUCCACACGUUGGUUUGACCAUUGCGCUGCCAGGUGGGAAGACUGGCAAAGUCAGCAUCUUUCACCUGAAUGAUACUUACACGGAGAAUCCUCUGGGUGACUUCAAAGUUGGCAAGAUUGUCAGGUGUUGCAUCCUCUCCAAUGAGAACAGCAAAAUCCAGUUAUCUCUCCGGCAAUCCCGGCUAAACCCAAAGAGCAACAGCAAAGUGGAGGAUGUUGAAAUAACAUGUAUUAAGGAUGUUAAAAAAGGCCAGCUAGUGAGAGGCUAUGUCAAAUCAAUCAGUCCAUCAGGUGUAUUCUUUGGCUUGUCCACUUCUCUUCUGGGCCGAAUCCUGUUCCAGAAUGUUUCCCCUUACUUUGUACAGAAACACUCCGUAUAUGAAAAGUACCUGCCUGAAGGAAAGCUGCUCACUGCCAAGGUGCUUGGUGUAAAUGGGAAAGAAAAACAUAUUGAGCUCUCUCUCCUGCCCGAGGACACUGGGAUGCCAAGCGUCUUGCCUGAAUCCCUAGGCCUGCCACGAUAUGAUGCAGAAGAAGAGAAAAGAGAGGCAGAUGACAGGGAAAAGAGAGAAGAGCUUAAGCUGAAGGCAAAACGCACAAGAGAAAACUCUGAAAGUGAGCAGGAGGCGAAGCCAAAAAAAAGAAAGGUCUGCCCAGCAGAUGAAAAUGACAGUGGAAUUGAGAUAUAUUACCGGGAGGAGGAUGAUGAUGACCAGGAGGAAGAGGCAGCUAAAAAGAAAUCUAAGAUAAGGAAACCUGAUGAAGCUCCCAGGCUGCAGGUUUCCAUGGGCUUCACCUGGGAUGAGGACAUGAAUGCAAUGGAUAUACCUGUGCUGAAUCAGAAGGAAGAGAGCUCGGAGAGCGAGGCAGAGGAGGAUCUACAGUCGAAGCUGAAGAAACAAACAAAGAAGGAGAAGGAGCUAGAGAAGCAGAAGAAGGAGAAGGAGCUCUGCAAAUUAGAGGCAGCUUUGAUGGACCCGAGUCGACAGCCCCAGUCAGCAGAUGACUUUGACCGCCUGGUGCUGAGCAGUCCCAACAGCUCCAUCCUCUGGCUACAGUACAUGGCUUUCCACCUCCAGGCUACCGAGAUUGAGAAGGCCAGAGCUGUGGCAGAGAGAGCGCUUAAAACAAUCUGCUUCAGGGAAGAACAGGAGAAGCUGAAUGUCUGGGUAGCUCUGCUGAACUUGGAGAACAUGUAUGGUACUGAGGAGACACUGAUGAAGGUCUUUGAGAGAGCUGUUCAAUACAAUGAACCUCUGAAAGUCUUCCAGCAUCUGUGUGACAUCUAUGCCAAUUCUGAGAAGUACAAGCAAGCAGAAGAAUUGUACCACACAAUGCUGAAGCGUUUCCGUCAGGAGAAAUCUGUGUGGCUGAAAUACGCCUCUUUCCUCCUGAAGCAAGGCCAGACUGAGGCUACACACAGGCUUUUGGAGCGUGCUCUCAAGGCUUUGCCCACCAAAGAACAUGUGGAUGUCAUUUCGAGGUUUGCACAGCUGGAGUUCCGUUUUGGGGACCCAGAACAUGCCAAAGCCCUCUUUGAGAGCACCCUCAGCAGCUAUCCCAAGCGGACAGACAUCUGGUCCAUCUACAUGGACAUCAUGAUCAAACAUGGCAGCCAGAAGGAAGUGCGGGACAUCUUUGAGAGGGUCAUACACCUGAGCUUGGCACCAAAGAAGAUGAAGUUCUUCUUUAAACGCUACCUGGAUUAUGAGAAGAAAUUUGGUACAGCAGAAAGUGUCCUUGCUGUCAAAAGAGCAGCACUUGAGUAUGUGGAGACCAAGAGUUCCCUUGCUGAUCCCUAAACACAGCACAAGUAAAAGCAGAGAGACUCAGCUGUCCAUGCAGUGUCAGAACUGAGAGGUGUGGAGUUCUGCCAUGAGUGUCCAUGGGCAGUUGAGUUUCUGGAGAGUAUUGGUCUAUGACCAAACCAAACUGGAAAGAACAAGCAAUCGAAGGAAAAGAUUUGAUAAAUGUUUACAGCUUUGUCCAGAUGUUACAAAUAAUCCUAGUCUGUUGACUUUGAAGACAUGUUUUUAAAUAUAGACGGUUUUAUAAUCAAUACAAACGUCAGCCAUACCUGUCCUGCUUUCCUGGGGAAAUCAUGCAGUUACGACCACUAUUUUUUAAGUACAGUGAUGUCUUAUAAAUUGAUUUCUCUCUCUGUCAAGAUGGCAGAGAAGAUUCUUGCCUUUUGGCUGAAUUAACACUUCGAAAGAUUUAUCUCAAGUGCCUUUGUGCUCCUGGAAAUUGGCAGAGCAAUACAGAAUUGUGGCAUAGUUGAGGUUGGAAGGGACCUCUGGAGAUCAUCUGGUUCAAACCCCUGCUCAAAGCAGGGGUCAGCUAGACUAGGUUGCUCAGGACCAUGUCCAGUUCGGUUUUGAUUUCUCCAAGGAUGGAGACUCCACAACCUCUCUGGGCAACCUGUUCCAGUGUUUAACCACAUUCACAGUAAAAAAAGCGUUUUCUUACAUUUAAA